AACAAUAACUCCGUAAUUUGGCGGGGCAUUUAUGCGUUACGAGUUAUUCAUUACGGUUAUUGUCCUGAUGACAUAUGCCCAAGCCCAAGACCGACCUUCAUAUUCUUUCAUUCUUUACUUCCCUAAUCUAAUAUGAAUCUUUUCGCUCUCUCACGUUGCCCAUGAUCCAACAGAUCUCCAGAUUACUGACCUGUAAUUGUGGUAUACACUAUGGCGGAGGUUGAUAUUGCUCCCCAGUUUGGCCUUGAGCUGAAGGUUAGUGAACGGCGCAUGCUCGCAUGUUCUUUUUGACCAGUGUCUUAUCUGACUUUCGAUAUGUUCGUUUUUAGGAUGGGUUCAAAGCGACGAAUAAUUGGGUGUCCAAUGGUAUCGACUGGUUGGACGACAUCCAGGCAUUCUAUCGCGAAAGAAGUGUAAUUGAAAAGGAAUACAGCGCAAAGCUCAAUGCCUUAGCAAAGAAGUAUUAUGAGAAGAAGACAAAGAAGUCAAGCAGUUUAAGUGUCGGUGAUACACCUGCUAUGACCCCUGGGUCGCUCGAGAGGUUAGGAAUAUUCUUACCAGAACUAGUCGUGCAACGGUUGACUAACCUUGUCGCAUGUAGUGCGUCAUUAACAACAUGGACAACGCAACUUACCACUCUCGAAUCUCGCGCAGCGGAACACGAUCGUUAUGGAGGGGAAUUGAUUAUGCAGGUUGCGGAGCCACUGAAAGUACUUGGAGGACGUUACGAAGAGUUAAGGAAACGCCACGUGGAAUAUGCGGACAAAUUGGAGAAGGAGAGAGAUUCUACAUACGCGGAUCUGCGCAAAAUGAAAGGGAAAUACGAUGCCGCAUGUCAGGAAGUCGAGAACAAGCGGAAGAAGGCGGAGUCAUCAUUUGAUUAUUCAAAGACGAAAGCACAAAAUGCAUACCAACAACAGAUUCUUGAAAUGCACAACGUCAAAAAUAGCUACUUAAUCGCCAUAAAUGUCACCAAUAAACAAAAAGAGAAAUACUAUCAUGAGUAUAUCCCGGACCUUCUCGACAGCUUACAGGAUCUGUUCGAAUCGCGCACAAUUAAACUGAAUGGUAUAUGGUCACUAGCGGCGCAGUUAGAGAAGGGAAUGCUAGAACGUAGCACGGAGUUUACCAAUCACUUAUUAACAGAGAUCCCGAGAAACCAGCCUUCUCUAGAUUGUAUGAUGUUUGUCAGACAUAAUGUGGGGCCUUGGCAGGAGCCUUCAGACAAGCCAUUUGAACCAAGUCCUGUAUGGCACGAUGACGAUGCGAUGAUGGUUGGAGAUACUGCAAAGGUUUUCCUACGGAACGUUCUUAGUAAGUCUAAGAAUCAACUUGGAGAUUUAAGGAGAGAGGUGGAUAAGAAGCGACGUGAGGUUGAAAGUAUCAAACGUGUAAAGCAGCAAAUCAGAGAGGGUAAAGACAAACGGGAUGAAGUCGAAGUUGUUAGGGCUAUUUUUGCUUUGCAAGAAGAGCUACAUCAAGUUGAUCACAAGAGGCUCACUGCAGAGGUUGAAACAUCCACGAUUACGGCGGCGGUCGGCGAUGUCACGUUAGGCUCAAAGAGUCACAACUUCAAAUCUCAAACUUUCAAAAUACCCACUAAUUGCGAUUUAUGUGGUGAACGUAUAUGGGGACUUUCAGCAAAGGGAUUCGAUUGUAGGGAUUGUGGGUACACAUGUCACAGCAAAUGUGAGAUGAAAGUUCCAGCCGAAUGUCCAGGAGAACAAACCAAAGAUGAAAAGAAGAAACUAAAGGCAGAACGUCAAGAAGCUGCAAAUGUCCUGAAAGCUCCGGGCACAGGCCUGGCAGAUAGUGUUGCAGAGCUCCCCACUAUGAGCCGAUCCAAUACUAUGAAUUCGUUAAGUUCGGGUUAUGCUGCUAGUGCAAACAGAUCCCUCUCGGCAAAAUCGACAACUGAGGACACGCCCCCUGAUACGACAGCCGAUCGAAGGCAGAGUGUAAGUUCGAGUCUCAAGCCAGGAAUCCUAAAGAAAAGUAGGGUUGUGGCUCCUCCACCAGCAGCGUAUAUUAGCGAAUUGCCGGGAAGCGGAGUGAUCAAUGGAUCGGCAUCAAAUGAACAGAAAGGAAAGAUGUUAUAUGCCUAUGACGCUAAUGGUAGCGAAGAAGUCACUGUAGCUGAGGGCAGUGAAGUCAUAAUCCUCGAACCAGAUGGUUAGUCACCCUACACUCCUAUCUUUUAAAGAACCAACCUGCUGACUCGGCCCAGACGGUGGCUGGACCAAAAUCAAAUACGGCUCUAAAGAAGGUUUAGUGCCAACCGCCUAUCUCGAAAUCCUUCCUCCAUCUUCUUCCCAUAAUUCUACCAAUAGACCCGUUUCAAUAAUCUCUACUUCCGGCUCCUCAAUCUCUGCAAGCAAAAAGCAAGGCCCAGCCGUCGCACCUAAAAGGGGAGCGAAAGUUUUGAAAUAUGUAGAAGCGCUUUAUGAAUAUACGGCGCAGAGUGAAGCGGAACAUAGUAUGGUGGAGGGUGAAAGGUUUGUGCUUAUUAAGGAGGAUCCUGGGGAUGGAUGGGCAGAGGUUGAAAAGGGGGGACAUGUGAAGAGUGUGCCGGCAAACUAUUUACAGAUUGUUUAGAAGGGUCGGAUUCAUUGUUUGAUAUCGGAUGGGGUGGGAUGGAAUUUUUGAUCAGUAUGAAUUUGAGUUGCAGAUUGCGGAUUGAGGACUGUGGAUUGCGUCUCAUGGGUAGAAAGGAGGAUAGAGCAAUCCUGAUUGGGUUCUUAAAUGAUGCAUAAGAGAUGGGGAUGAGGAUGUGUCUCAAAUCUGUAAAUUCUUUACCUACCUAGUACCUAGUAACUAUUACCUAUGAAGAAAAUACACAC